AAUGUAAGUAACGGUAAAACCACAAGUUUUGUUUAUCACAAAAUAAGAACAAACAAUACACGUUUCCUUUUAUGACCAAUUUUUUGCUUGUUGUUGCUACGUAUAGCACAAAUAAUUUUCCAUCGUUCAUUCAUAAAUCCAAAAUUAAAAAUUUAGUUCGUAAUUGAAUUCCAAUUUUUUGUAAAUAUCGAAAUAAGCAUUUUUCUAAAAAUAAAAAUGUUUCUGUGGUUUAACUAGCUUCGGAGCCACCGGUCCCAUAGAAACGAAGAGGUAAUCUUGUGUUUGUCAAUAAGAUCAAAUAAAGUUUUCGCAACUACAUAAUCAAAAUGGUAAAUGUUAUGAAAGGAGUUUUGGUUAAAUGCGACCAAGCGAUGAAACAAUUUCUGCUCCAUUUGGAUGAAACUAUGAAGCUUGGAAGAAAAUUUAUAAUUCAAGAUUUAGACGAGUACCACCUAUUCGUUUCAGCAGAUAUUUUAGACGUGCUGCAAGCCAAAAUUGACGACUUAAUGGACCAAAUUAGUUUUCCACUUGCCGAAAAAGGAAACUAAAAGCAAUGCUGCAGCGACUCCUACUCCAUCAUUUUAAGAUUGAGGACCACCUAGGAAGAUAAUCCUCUCAUUCUGGGUGAUAUAUGGUGCGGAUUAGUUUUGGUUAGGUUGAAAAGAACUCCAAUAAUGAGCUAUAAAAAUGAA